CUCGGUUUUCGAAUUGCCUUUCGCUCACUUGACCACUCACGAGUCUCGCUACGACGUCGUCAGCUGCGUUUGCAAUCGCUUGUCAAAGACAUCGAUUCAUUCAGCUGAUCUAAUUCGCAGUGGCAUUUGCUAUAUGUCUCACUCGAGAUGCCUUCUCCGACGUAGAUUACUGUUGCGAAGGCAUAUUCGCUUUGUCGAGUGGUGUUACGUAAAUUAAUUUUCCUGCUUAAGUUAUAUCCGCUAUGUGAAUAAUCAUGUACGUGUCUGUGAUGGUGCGUUUUUCAAAUGAGUGUAAAACAAGUGUAUUGUAAAAAUGUUACGUCGUAGAGGAACUUACACGGUGAACGCUGAUGCUGAAAUUCGCCACAGCCGAUCGAAAUCAUCAGAUCCUAAUUACGUGUUAUCCAAAAAAGGCAAGGACGGCUCUAAGGUGACGACCGUGGUAGCGACGCCGGGGCAGGGCCCCGACCGGCCGCAGGAGGUGAGCUAUGCGGACAUGAAGCUCAUAGGCAACGGCAGCUUCGGCGUCGUCUACCAAGCGAAGCUAUGUGACACCGGCGAGCUCAUUGCCAUCAAAAAGGUGCUCCAGGACAAAAGGUUUAAGAACCGAGAGCUUCAAAUAAUGCGACGACUGGAGCAUUGUAAUAUUGUCAAAUUGAAAUACUUCUUUUACUCCAGCGGAGAAAAGGUGGCAGUACCCGAGGCCGUUAGCUCACUGCUAAACGCAAUGCAGUCCCUAGAAGUCACAUUUCAAACUGGUUUUUGUUUACAGAAAGACGAAGUGUACCUGAAUUUGGUGCUGGAGUAUAUACCGGAGACGGUGUAUAAAGUUGCCCGUCACUACUCCAAAGAUGAACAAACCAUACCCAUUAGUUUUAUAAAGCUAUACAUGUACCAGUUGUUCAGAAGCCUCGCGUACAUCCACUCGCUCGGUAUCUGCCACCGGGACAUAAAGCCGCAGAACCUGCUGCUCGACCCGAAGACGGGCGUGCUCAAGCUGUGCGACUUUGGUUCCGCGAAACACCUCGUGCGCGGAGAGCCUAAUGUCUCGUAUAUAUGUUCGCGGUACUAUCGCGCGCCUGAACUCAUUUUUGGCGCGAUCGACUAUACUACUAAGAUUGAUGUAUGGAGCGCGGGUUGCGUAGUGGCUGAGUUGUUGCUGGGCCAGCCGAUAUUCCCCGGAGACUCGGGCGUCGACCAACUAGUCGAGAUUAUCAAGGUUCUUGGAACACCGACGAGGGAACAGAUUCGCGAAAUGAAUCCCAAUUACACGGAAUUCAAGUUUCCACAAAUCAAGAGUCAUCCUUGGGCGAAGGUGUUCCGCGCGUGCACGCCGCCGGACGCCAUCUCGCUGGUGUCGCGGCUGCUGGAGUACACGCCGGGCGCGCGGCUGUCCCCGCUGCAGGCGUGCGCGCACGGCUUCUUCGACGAGCUGCGCGAGCCGGCCGCGCGCCUGCCCAACGGCCGCCCGCUGCCGCCGCUCUUCAACUUCACGGAGUACGAGCUGGCCAUACAGCCCUCGCUCAACGACUUCCUCAAGCCGCGCGCCGCCGCGCCCGAGCCCGGCGCCUCCGCGCACCACGACCACGACCCGCAAGGCGAGAACGCAGCGGCGAGCGGCACGAGCGGGGGCUCGCCGAGCGCGUCGUAGAGCCGAGCGGGCUGCCCAGCGCCAGCGCCGCCGGCCCGCCCCGCGCCCCACGCUUCCCGGCCCACGUGUCUGACGGCUCGCGACUCGUGCAUCCCUAUCGAACGUCCUAGAUGCCCCGCUCCCGCUCCACUCACGCCCACAACCAUACGAACCACCGUACCGAUCUAGGAUCUUCCGAUAUCGACGACGCGGACGCGCAGUCGGGCCCGCGAACCGCCACCGCGUUCGCGAACACGCUUUAGUCCGAUACGAGCGCCCGUAUCGACGCGAAGCUUUCGACGUCGGCGCCGACGUCCGGGGCGAUCUGUAGGUUAUCGAGAAUGCUAGGAGCGCCCGCGACUGUUCCGCGGUGAAGUGCGGUCGGCUCAGCGCAUCGAAGACGCUGAACAUAGCUGUGGCCGUGUUUCCAGUUCACUAAUGUUAACGUUCGAUCGCAGCCGGCCGGGCGUCUCCCGCGGGCUUCGCGAUUCGCUCGGAACGUAGAUUGGAGUCGUUUGUACGCUAAUUAGUGAUAGUAUUUUUUGUGUUGGUCAUCGGGAAAAAUUUUAUGCAUAAUAGGUGUUUUCGGCGAGUAAUCGUGUGAUACUGUAGUGUAAUUGUCGAUAAAGCUUGAGCUGUCGUAGUCGGUAAGAAGGGUAAAUCCACAGUAGAUUCUAAACCGUCGCGAUGUGAUUACUUUGUACUUUUGUAAGCUCAAACUCCUUUGUGUACAUACCUAUUAUACUGAAUUUUUAACGUCGGUUUUGGUAAACGACAGAUAACUAUCGUCUGGAUAAAUUUACUCGAUUUGAUUUGUAAAAAUCUAUUCAUUUGUUGAUAUUGAAAACGUUAACAUCAUCACGCAGCGCCUUCUUAUUCUAAUGGCAUCACGAGCUCGCUUCACUCAUUACACCUGUUCUAUAGAGGGAUAUAUUUAGGGAGUCGUAAUUCCGCUUGUGCCGUGUAACCCGUAGAGGAUUUGAGUAGAAUUAGAAUAUUUAUUGUCGGAACGUAUCACUGACGUGACUUGCGCGAAGUAUGCCUAGUGCUGUAGCUCCGGAGCAGACGGUAUAUUUUAUCGCAUACAUACAAAGCAUACUUGUAAAUUUUUAUAACUAGCAUAAACUGAUCUCUCAGGAUAAUUUUAAUUAAAUGAUAUCUCAGAAUAUUAUGUAUUUGUAUAAACAAUUCAAAGAUAUAAAUUUUAGAUUAACUACAUUAUAGAUAUUUGUUAUUUCUGGCAACUUCUAUAUUAGACUUUUUUUUUUAUUGCGGCGUAUCUUUUCUUAUCCAGCGCUGGAUAAAUGUAUAACGUAUUUGUUUGCACUGUCUGUGUCCUAUUGUAAUGUCAUAGUUUUUCGAUAAUAUUGUAUUCUAUAAAAUAAUCGAUAAAUCAUAUUUCUGCUAUGUAAAAUUUAUCAUUGAGAACACGAUAUAAGUAGUCAUUUAUAAAGUAAUAUUAAAAAUAAAUUCAUUGUCAUAGUCUUAAGUAUUUUGGCAAUUUCAUUUUGCACUUAAAAGUUGGCGUACAGUUACAAAUUAGCUGAGGUAUUAAAGCCUUUUUAAUAUAAAGUAAUGAACUCUUUUAUUCAUGGUUUAGAUGUAGCUUUAAUUCAUAACCUUGGGUGUGAUUUUGCACCAAUUUUUUUAAUUAGUAAAUAAUAUUUGUACAAAUUCUGUUGCUGAGAAGCAUUACGAAUUUGAGAACACAGGUCAGCUCUGACCUACUAGAGUCACAAUAACGUCUACGUGUCUUCAUUGACCAGAGUUUAUUUUAUUUUAUAUUUAUUAUAAUAGAAAUACAAUAUUCAUUUGAUUGAACCGCGGCGCAUCUAUUUUGCAUGCUGUAAUUAUUCAGAAUACCCAUCAAUGAAACCUACAGGCUUCGGCCGCGUAUAUAAUACACACUUGUAUUACUAUUAUGUAUGUAAUAAUUACGUAUAAAUUUAUAGUUUGUUAAGAACGUAACGCGCUCGGCGCGAGAAUUCAAAUCACACAUAGUGGAGCUUAGUUGUCGUCCCUAAGGCUAUUGAUUUGCUGACACACCUUUAUAAUUCGUGUAAAUAUAUUAUUAUUAUAAUUAUUAUCUUUAUGGUAUGACUCUUGAGUAAAGUUAAUCGGUAGAGGGCGGUGUGCGCUCGCGCUCGCUGGGCGCGGCCGGCGGCCGGCAGGCAGCGCCGCGCCAUGCGCCAUGCGCCAUGCGCCAUGCAGCGAGCGGUACGAUACUUUAGAUAUGCAUAUUUUAUUAAGUCUACCUAUUAUGAAUUUUGUAAUCGACGUUGCUUCUGAAGACCCUCUGUGUAAAAAGUUAGACACACUAGUGACCUGAUGUUUGAAGUGAUGUUAUUGCGACAUCUUUAACCCGUUUAAAUUCUCACUUUCACGAUUUACGUGCACUUUUACUACUCGAGAAUUUUCAGUAAUACAUACUUCGAAAUGGGGUUGACUUAUAUAAAUUAUUUAAAGUAAAAGAGUUUUCUUAUUACUAGUACUGUAAUAUUAAAUUUAAUAGUGAGUGAAAUUUGUAUUUUGUUUUAAUUUGUUUUACUGAAUUUGAAUACAUUGUAACUCCAUAUCGUUGUUAGUUAUGAAUGAAAAUAACAUAAUUAUAAAAGUAAAUAUUAAAUGAAUAGUA